CACACAUGAGACGUAAGCAGUAGCAAGAUGGCCGUCGCGGCGGCAACACGUUCCGUUAUUGUGUUAUUAUGUAUGGCACAAAUCGUCUGUUCACAAAACGAAUACAAUAUCCCCGAAGUUACGAUACAAGCAUUAAAUCCAAAAGGAGUACGAAUAUUUAUACCAGAUAAUACAAAAUUAAGUUUAUUCGCUUUCAACGGAAAAAUAAACAAACCUAUAAGUCAGAACGAUGUUGGUGAAAUUUCUGCUGAAGUGACAUCACCGAAGGACGGAAAGUGGAUGUAUGAAGAUCUCCACUUGGAACUUAAAGUCGGUGACGUCAUCAAUUACUAUGUGUUCGUUGUUUACGAUCGAGCAGGAUACGUAAAAGAUAAAGUCAGUUUUACUGUAUCAGAAUUAGUAAGCCCGGACAGUCAACCAAGUACGUCAAGACCCACGGAAUGUCGGCCAACUGUGACACGACUGCGCGUCGGCACCGCGUGCGCUGGCCAGACGAUAUUCGAGGACAAUUUUAACAGCCUACGUGAGGACUUAUGGCAGAUCGAGCAAUACAUACCCGAUCAGCCUGAGUAUCCUUUCGUGUCGUAUCAACGGCCGCCGAAUGCCCAAACAGUCACCGUAGAGAAUGGAUUCUUGAGCAUUGAGCCGAAAUUGCAGGAGGAACAAAAUGGCUUCAGCCAAGAGUCAUUGUAUACUGGAUCACUCAAUCUAUUCAGCGGAUGUACGAGGACAGCAGAGUCGUGCAGCGCGAUUGCGAUGGGCGCUAGUAUACUGCCGCCGGUGGUGAGCGGUCGCCUCACAAGCAAAUCCUUUGCGUUCACAUACGGCAUUGUUGAAAUCAGAGCGAAACUGCCGAAAGGAGACUGGAUCUACCCUGAAAUUCUACUGGAAUCUUUACUUAAAAAGUACGGCACCCCUAAAUACGCAUCGGGUGUAAUUAAAAUUGCAGCAGCACUAGGCAACAGUGAUCUCAGACUCGGACCUGAUGAAUAUGGAAAUAAGAUACUAUAUGGAGGUCCAAUAAUGAACUUGGCAUGUAGACAAGUUCUAUUAGGACGAAAGGAGCUAUUUAACGGACCUCAAUGGUCUAGCAAUUUUCAUGUUUACUCAGUAAGGUGGGAACCAGAUAAAAUGACGUUUAGUGUGGACGGCGAGGAGUGGCUGCGCGUGGAGCCGACGGCCAGCGGUCUCAGCGGCCGCUUCAACCGUUACUGCGACAUUCCACGCACAUUCCUGUCUUUUGGUAAUAGAAUGGCACCUUUUGAUGACCAUUUCCAAUUAGCGCUUGGCGUGGCCGUUGGAGGGGUCACGGAGUUCAAAGAUGACGUCAUCACAGGCGAUGGACACCCGAAGCCCUGGAGCAACAAGAAGAGGAAAGCUAGCUACAACUUCUGGACAGACAUGCCUGCCUGGAGACCGACAUGGACCCAGCCAGCUCUACAAGUUGAUUAUGUUAAAGUUAUAGCUUUGUAACAUGAGUCAUUAAUAUUUGUUACAAUAAAUAAAAAUAGAAUUA